AUGCAGACUCAACUUCUGCUCUACCCUGACGCUAUCGAAGUAACUAGAUUUGAACGUAAGUCCAGUCGGAUUAAGAGGGAUAUCGUAACAGCUCAUCUACUUACCCCUUGUUUCGUUUUUCCCACGGUCACCCUCGAAUUCUUCAGCUUUGCUCGGCAACUCUACAAAAUACAAGCUUUUUCCUACCAGCCCGGAGACUAUGCGCUGGAACUGCGCUUUCUGGGCGCCCUUCUUGUGCCGCUUCCGAGCAUUGAGGGUCCUUGCUCCGGGCUUUCCCGUGCUCCACUCACAUCCGACUGGCCCACUGAGUCAUUGGCCGGCCCCGAGCUCCAGGCCUCCUUUGACACAGGUCGCUCGGUCCAUGGUUCGAGUGUCCUGCUGUCUGGCCAGCCUGCAGUGCUAUUUCAUGUGCUCGAGCCGACAGAGGGCUUCCGUUUUUCGAGGCAAGGGCUGAUUAUGCCCGAGUCCCCAGAGAGGCGGAACACGAACCUGCCCGAGGUUUGGGGACCAGGCCUUCAGGACUCGUGGUUGAUGGACGACUCUGAGUGGUCUACCACAACUACUCAAGGUCAGAUGCCAAAUGUCACUGACGGAUUGAGAGAGGAUUGCGACAAUGCUGAAGAGAAGCGAAAUUCGGGCACCAGACUGCAAAAGUUUUUCUGUGAUACUCGGGGCCUGCAUUUGGGCGAUAUACUUUUCACCGUCAGGCAUGAACACAUUGGUAAGUUCGAAAGCAUACUCUUUACUUGGAUCCUAUCUAACGCUGUUGAAUGA